AUGUCCUGGAAUCUACUAAACAGAGACGACCUGCUACGUCCCACGAUACGAAAGGCUUCAAGUCUCACUUCCAACAGCUCGAAAGGCUAUGAAACACCAGCGCUUGGGGAGCUCCAGCGCAUGCUGUGGACGCCCGUACCAUGCCGUGGCAACGUCAACGAAGUUUGGCCUAACCUCUACAUCGGGGAUUUAUACAUAGCCCGGGACAUAGAGCAGCUCCGGCGAAUGGGGAUCACCCACAUAGUGAAUGCGGCAGCUGGAAGGUUCCACAUUGAUACAGGGGCCAAAUUCUACAAGGAGCUACCUGUGGAUUACUAUGGAGUCGAAGCUGAUGAUGAUCCAAAAUUUGAUCUCAGUAUUUAUUUCCAUCCAACUGCCAAAUACAUACGAGCAGCAUUGAGCCAUCCCCAAGGCAAAGUACUAGUUCACUGCGCCAUGGGGAUAAGCCGCUCAGCGACCCUCGUGCUCGCCUUCUUGAUGAUCUGUGAAAACCAGACCCUGGUGGACGCCCUAAACGCUGUACGGAAGCACAGGGGAGUCAGCCCCAACUCUGGUUUCCUGAGUCAGCUUCGAGAUCUUGACAUCCGGUUAACGAGCGAAAGGGGAAGAGGCGGGCCUUGAACCU